AUGGAGUCGCAGCAGCCGCAGCCGCAGCAGUCGCUGCACCAGCUGCCGCUGGGCCUGCCAGCUGCAGUAUUAUGCCCGCCUCUAAUUUGUCCAGAGCUGAGCAGCAGCAGCAGCAGCAGCAGCGACAGCAACGGCGUGCUGACCGCGCCGGCUGCUGCUGCAGGUGUGGUGGUGGCAGGAGCCCCAGCAGCAGCAGCAGCUGCAGGUCCCGCAGCAGCAGUAGCUGCUUCUCUGGCCGCAGGCGCCGAGCCGGGCGCUGCAGCAGCGGCGCUCCCAGCAACAGCAGCAGCAGCAGCAGGCGGAGAAGCAGCAGCAGCAGCAGCAGCAGGAUUCAAAGGCGCAGGGCUGCCGCCUUUGGGGGAGACAGAGCUGGAGACGGACACGGGCCCGUGCAGCAGCAAACCGUCGGAGGGGGGGUUUGGCUCGGAGCCGUUUGCUGCUGCUGCUGCAGCAGCAGCAGCUGCUGCUGCUGCUGCGCCGCCGCCGGUGCUCGGCGGCUCCUCCUGCUGCCUUGCUGCAGCAGGAGGAGACAACGCAGAGAGAGACAACGGGGGGCUGCUGCCAGAAUCCUUUUUCGAUCCUGCUGCUGCUAAUAGUCCUUCUGCUGCUUCGGAUGUGCAGCAGGGGGGCCCCCAGCUGGCAGGUUUUAUAUCUCAUGGGUACAGCGAGACCCCAGCAGCAAACUCUCCCGUGGCAGCAGGGGGCCCGUUUGCUGCUGCUGCUGCUGAGGGUCUCUUCGGCCUGCGCGAGGGGCAGAUCUUCGCGUUGCAGCAGCAGCAGCACCUGCAGCAGCAGCUCGCCGCGGCCAGCCCGCAGCAGCAGCAGCAGCCCUUCCUCCCCGCUGCCGUUGCUGCAGCAGCAGCAGCAGCAGGAAGGAGAACAGCAGUCAAGCGGGGCCCCUCGCAGGGGCCCUCUUGCUUGGCUGCUCGAAUGAUGGCAGCAGAAAGCAUAAGACAGACGCGGGCGCUGAACGCUGCUGCUGCUGCUGCUGCUGCU